UAAUAAACGGAAUCAAGAAUAAUAUUUUUUUGCAUGCCGGCUGAGUGCGGCACACAAUUGCGCAUGUCCUAGCUCGUGUGGGGUUGGGGUGGAAACGGAAAUAAAGGAUAAUAAAUAACUGGCAAAACUGGAAUGAGCCACAACACAACACAACAUAGAGCACAAAACAACAAUUGUCAGUUUGCUGCCGCUGCCGCUGCUCUUGUUGCCGCUACAACAUUUUGCGGCAUCGAUUUUGAGGACACAUUCACAUCCUGCUCAUCCUUAGCCAAAUAAUAGCAAAAAAAAAUAUAUAAUAAGAAACUAGCACAACCAGUUUUCGCUCCUGGAUCCAGUUUUGUCGUCUAAUGUCUGCUAGACGUUACUAUUUCGGAGCAGAGAAACGCUACAACAACUCCGGCGAGGGGCAGGACGAUCAAGCCUUGCACGAUGAUGUCCCCUUGUUUCCCAACAGCAGCAACAACACCAACAACAACAUUAACAACAACAACAGUAAGAGCAACACUAACAAUGACGAUACGAACAAUGAACCCGAGCCGGAUGGCGACAAGGACGAUGACUCUGAAUUUCUGCAGGAGGUGCCAUACUCGUCCAGCAGCAUCGAUCGCAGCUCCAUUGGCUCCAUACCCUGGGCGGACGAUGCCAUCAAGAAGAACAAACUCGAUUGGGAGCGCGUCGAUCGUAUGCUGAGCGGCGAGGAGCAGCUGCCGGACCAGGAGCAGGAGUUGCGACAUGAAAUCAUCGAUUGGCAGCACAAAUUUCCCAGUCUGUUGACGCGCAAAGCGCAGCCACUGAAACAGCAAAGUUUUGACAGCAGCCACCGCAACAAUCCGGCACCCGAUGAGUCGGGAGACAUUGAUUCCAUCUCCGAUCUGAGUCUAAACUCGCUGGAUGACUUUGAUGAGGGCGAUGAGGAGGAGGAUGAUGGCUUUCUCACCCCAACCGUUGACCGUCAGAGGGAACAACGGGAGCCAACCCGUAAUUAUACACGUCCUGGCCCGAAUCUUGUGGCGAUACUCGACAGAGACUUACACAUCACAUCUGUAGCGCUCAAGCUGAGGAGGCGGGAGCCUCCGGCGGCGCCAGCAGCACCAAGCACACCUCAAUCCGCAACCGUUGCCCGCUCCCGUCUCCGGAUGCCGCCCAUUCUUAAUGUGCUCGACUCGAAUCGACGCUUUCGGGGAUUGCUCAACAAUCGCAGCUUUGUGCAGCUGACACAGGUGCAACAGCAGCCCAAGUCAGCGGCCCUAACAUACGCGGAGAGACGCCAACAGACUGGCAUUCGAUCCGCCUGGAAUAUGCCAAUGGCUGCCAGUCGAUUCCUAAACAACAAGCAUGCGAUUGUGUUGCCAUCGCUGAACCGGCAUCCCAGGGAGUUUAGCACCAAUGACAUGACGACAACGACGACCGCGUCCAAUCAGAGCAUUUCGAGCAAUCGGGAUUCGUUGGGCCAUGGCACCCGACGUGGCCAGCAGCAGCAGCAGCAGCGGGAUCUGCAGCAGCGGGAUCAGCAGCAGCGUCAGCAUCAGUAUGGCCUGGCCCUGGACCAAGUGGUGACCACUAAUUCAAAUACACCAUCAACGGGUCGUUCCAUAUCGGCUGCCAUCCAUCAUCCGCGAUCGGAGUUUGCCAACAGUAGUGCCUUCUACAUACCGUACAGUGCCUCAAAAUUUAAAGCCUUUAAGUAGCCAAAUAGUCUCAUCUUGUAUACACAACAACAACAACAGCAACAACAACUAGCAAUAAAGUUUGACCAAAUUGCAGGGAUGAAAUAUUAUAAUAA